AUGGAAUUCAUCGUAAAAAAUUAAAGGACAAGGUCAUUAAAUCACUGUUUAAUUUUGAAAAACAAUGAAGAUUUUUUAUUUCUAGUAGUUCAGCUAACACAAUUAAGUUUUGGAUUAACAAUCACUGAUCAUACUAAUUAUGUUUAUUAAAUAGAUUUAAAUGAAGAACAAGAUAAAGUUAGUUCUUGUGGAUAAAAUAAUAGAAUAUUAGAAAAUGAGUAUUCUGUUUAAAAUAAAGCUGGGUGUUAUAUCAUAUAUAAAAUAGAUUGA